GCGGCCAUGGCCGAGGAGCCCAGCGCGCUGCCCUGGUCCAUCAACAAGGAUGACUACGAGCUGCAGGAGGUUAUCGGGAGCGGAGCGACAGCUGUGGUGCAGGCAGCCUUCUGUGUUCCAAAGAAGGAGAAGGUGGCAAUUAAACGGAUCAAUCUUGAGAAGUGUCAGACGAGCAUGGAUGAACUCCUGAAAGAAAUUCAAGCAAUGAGUCAGUGCCACCACCCCAACAUUGUAUCUUACUACACAUCAUUUGUGGUGAAAGAUGAGCUUUGGCUGGUGAUGAAGUUACUUAGUGGAGGCUCUGUUUUGGAUAUUAUAAAGCACAUUGUGGCCAAAGGAGAACACAAGACCGGUGUCCUGGAUGAGCCCUGUAUAGCCACGAUCCUCAAGGAGGUGCUGGAGGGGCUGGACUACCUGCAUAAAAACGGACAGAUCCACAGGGAUGUGAAAGCAGGAAACAUUCUUCUUGGAGAAGAUGGCUCAGUGCAAAUUGCAGACUUUGGUGUCAGUGCUUUUUUGGCCACCGGUGGUGACAUUACCAGAAAUAAAGUCAGGAAAACAUUUGUAGGCACACCUUGCUGGAUGGCACCAGAAGUUAUGGAACAGGUCAGAGGAUACGAUUUCAAGGCAGACAUCUGGAGCUUUGGGAUCACUGCUAUCGAACUGGCUACAGGGGCAGCUCCUUAUCAUAAAUACCCCCCAAUGAAGGUUUUAAUGCUGACACUACAAAAUGAUCCCCCGUCUUUGGAAACCGGUGUGCAAGAUAAGGAGAUGCUGAAGAAGUAUGGGAAAUCUUUCAGGAAGAUGAUUUCAUCGUGCCUACAAAAAGACCCUGAAAAAAGACCUACAGCAGCAGAACUUUUAAGGCACAAAUUUUUCACAAAAGCAAAGAAUAAAGAGUUUUUACAAGAGAAGAUGUUACAGAGAGCACCAACAAUUACUGAAAGAUCCAAAAAGGUGAGGAGGGUCCCAGGAUCCAGCGGGCGUCUCCAUAAGACUGAGGAUGGCGGCUGGGAAUGGAGUGAUGAUGAACUAGAUGAAGAAAGUGAGGAAGGCAGAGCAGCAAUUUCACAGCUCAGGUCUCCCAGAGUGAAAGAACCUGUACAGAAUUCAGAGCUAUUCCCAUCGGCUGAGCCUUCAGCUCCUUCACUCAGUGCUCCAGCACAGGCACCUACUCAACUACCUCAGGCUGCAGGACCACCACCUGCACAACCUCAGGCUGCUGUACCUCCACCUAGUCAGGCUCCUCCAGCAGCCCCAGCAGCAGCUCAGGCCCCACCUGCCCCUGCUGCAGCUCCGGUACAGGAAGAUACAAAAGUCCCCAUCAGCCUUGUGCUAAGGUUAAGGAAUUCAAAGAAAGAACUCAAUGAUAUCCGAUUUGAAUUUACACCAGGGAGAGAUACUGCUGAUGGUGUGUCUCAAGAACUAAUUUCAGCAGGGCUUGUUGAUGGCAGAGAUCUGGUAAUAGUUGCAGCUAAUUUGCAGAAAAUUGUGGAAGAGCCUCAAGCCAACAGAUCCGUCACUUUCAAACUGGCAUCUGGUGUUGAAGGCUCAGAUAUCCCCGAUGAUGGCAAACUUAUAGGAUUUGCACAGCUCAGCAUCAGCUAAACAAUGGCCCCAGGAGAUGAUUCCCAACAGAGAACCCACGUGUGCAUAUUUGUAAUGCUUCUGUUAGCCUAAAAAAGAACCACUACUGCCAAAGAAUUGAACUACAGCCCCCUUCCUAGAAGCUUUAACAUUCUCCUUAAUAGGAUCACAAACCUUCCUGAGAUUACCGAUGGCGUUUACACCUUUUGUAAACAAGUCUCAUGUUUUUGUGUGUCAUCUCAAACAUGCAGAUCCAACAUGUCAUUGCCUGCAUGUUCAUGUUAUUAUUGCCUUACUUUAAAGAAAAAUACUACUGAGUACGAAGCGGGGGUUCCACUGCUCUGAUGAUCUCGCCUAAAUGUUUGCUUACAUGUGGUUUCAUUUUUUUCACUUGCUAUUUUUGCACAAGUUUUAAUACCGAACAGAUCUUUUGUUUUCUUUUUUACCUGCUUCUCCUUCCAUCUGAAACACCAGUGUACAUGUUGCUUGUGUCACCUGGAGUGCUGAGAAAUCUGCUUCUCUUCAGCUGUCUUUUUAAACUGCUGGUUUGAACGCUUGCACCUGAGAAGGCAAGCCAAGUCUUAACCCACAGGAGGGAGAGCCUUCUUCCCUUGUGUUUGUGUUUUUGAGAAGUUCCUCGACUUCAGAGUGUUAGAAGUCAGCUUCCCUUUGUAAACUGCCUUAAUUUUUUUUUUAUUUUUUAUCAUUUGGGUUCUCUCCACAUGAGUGCCAGGCGUGGCAUGACGGCUGAACCUCUUAAUUUACGUUAAGCAGUCCUUCCUCAAAACAUGUCUUUCAAUCUACAUCCUUAGAUGUAGUUUGUUCUUAAAGCAGAGCAACGAGGCACUGCUGUCUGGAAACUGGUCUUGCAGAUGAUCAAC